ACCUGUGCUCUGAGUACAAGUGACUGUGUGGAUAGUGUGGAUAGCUGCUAAUCAAGCUGGCAAAGAACAUGAUUGAAAACUUUGAAGAAAUUAAGUUACUACAGUCCACAUUGUCCAGCUGUCUGAGCUGACAUGGAUGGCUCCAUGGCAGGAUUGUCAUCACUAAAAUUACAAAGAACUACCAACACUUCUGAGAGAAGGAUGACAGAAGAUGAGAUCCCAGUGUCAGAGCCUUCAGCUGAAGAGGAGGUGACAGCCCAGCCCUCCAGGGACAGUCGAAAGCUGGACUGCAUUAUCUGUUACAAUGCCUACAAUCUGGGAGAGAGGCUCCCACGGAAACUCUACUGUGGCCAUACGUUCUGUCAGGCCUGCCUGAGGCGACUGGACACACUCAUCAAUGAGCAGUUGUGGAUCCCUUGUCCACAGUGCCGGCAAAAUACCCCCUUACCUCAUGGGGGCGCCAUUGGGCUGGACCUGGACCUGGCUGCAUUUCUGGGUGUAAAAGCAGAUGUGGAGAACCAGCGAAGCAGCACCCAGAAAGCAACACUAGAGAUUAAGCCCACAUUUGUGAAGCAGCCAAACACAGAUCAACCUCCUUCUGCCUGGGCCAAUGUGACACUGGUAGAGCGCCGUUUCCAUAGAAUCCCCUGCUGUAGACAGUGCUUGCUCUGCUGCUGUUGGUGGAUCCACUAAAACGCAUGUAUUGCACUCUGUACCCACUGACCUUUCCUGUUUAAUCAACUAAAGUCUGAAAAACAUGAAAAAGUACAUUCUUGAUAUCGUGACUGGGCAGUAAUUG